UAUCUCUGCCGUACCUAUCUGCUACAUCAAGUUUUCCCGGAUUAGCAAUUUUCUUUGUUCAGUAAACUAGGUAGCUCCGAACAAGAAGCAAACAACCUUUCGCGGUCGAUUAUUCUCCGGAUUAGAAAUGCAUGUUGUAGAACAACGCUACGGGAUGAAGUCAGGAGUGAAGACGUGCUUGGGAGAACAUAUCAAUAUAAAUAUGGCUAUCCAAAUCGACAAUGGAAUUCAAUUUCUCGAUCAUCACAGACAACACAACACAAAUCAAUUAGAACAUUGAAAGACACAUCAAUCGACAUCUCAACAAUAUAAUCGAUUCGUCCUCUCGACUUAACAAUUCUACUUCCCAUCUUAUCAUAUUCUAAUCGACGAAUACCUCUAUCACAAUGACUUCAUUCACAGUCUACAAGGGAUCCAAGGGUGGCGUUGCGGUGAAGGGCACUGCUCAACAACCAGAGAAGCUCGUCGGUGACAAGGUGCUGAUGCGAAUCACUGCCUCUGGACUGUGCGGUACAGAUCUCCACUACGUUAACCAAGAUAUGGUCCUUGGCCACGAAGGUGUCGGUGUCGUCGAGGCUUUAGGCCCGGACGCUAAGUUUUUGAAGGAAGGCGACCGCGUUGGAUUCGGAUAUGAACACGACAGCUGUGGACACUGCCAUGAGUGCCUUACGGGUAACGAGACUUACUGCGUUGACCGCGCCAUCUAUGGUUCCAACAAGGUCGACCAGGGUAGCUUUGCUUCCCACGCUAUCGUUCGCGAAUCUUUCUUGCACAAGAUUCCCGAAAACAUGAGCGAUAUUGAUGCUGCCCCGCUUCAAUGCGCCGGUGCUACCGUCUUUGCUGUUCUACAAGCCCACCACACGCAACCUAGCGAGACCAUUGGUGUCAUCGGCCUCGGCGGUCUUGGUCAUUUAGCCAUCCAAUUCGCCAACAAAAUGGGUAACCGCGUCGUCGUACUCUCCGGUUCCGAGAACAAGCGCGAGGAAGCUAUGCGUCUAGGCGCACACGAAUUCGUCUCGAUCAAGGGCAAGGAUAAGCUCGAGGUCUCCUCGCCUAUCAACCGUCUGCUAGUCACCACCUCCGCGCAGCCUAACUGGGAGCUUAUGCUACCUAUUAUGGCGCCCGGCGCUGCUAUCUACCCGCUCUCUGUCGCGUAUGGUAAUAUGGAGAUCCCGUAUUUGCCGCUUGUUAUGCAAGGUAUCACGGUCCAGGGCUCGUUGGUCGCGUCUAGGAUUCUGCACCGUGAGAUGCUGGCUUUUGCUGCGCUGCAUGGUAUUAAGCCGAUUACUGAGACGUUCCCGUUGAAUGAGGAGGGUGUUAGAGAGGCUAUUGCGAAACUGGAGAAGGGUGAUGUUCAUCUUAGGGCUGUGCUUGUUGCGCAGUAGAUGAGUCUGCGAUAUCGAAUCACGGAACACGUCUUGGAAAUAAUUAGCAUUUUGAUUCCUGUAACUGUCAAGAAUUGUUAAAGCGAUAGAUUUUGGGGGUGAAAAGUCUACUAUAUUAUUUAGGGGAUGUUAGCAUGGAUGGGGAGUUAUUGGGGUUGUUAAUAGAGGUCUAUAGAUUGAAUAAUAUUAAAGGAUCGGUCAUUAAGUAUUGACAUGACAAGUGAAUACCUGGUAACGAGCUGAAGAGGCGGCGUUCUUGGCAAAGGGGCUGGUUUAUUUCGAGUCCUCGAUGGCAUGACAAUAACGUGGUAUAUCAACGGUGUUCAAUUUCUAGAUGGUCUCGUACUGAGAGCGGAGUCGGAGCUGUUAUCCUUGGCCGUUGAGUCAGAUGUGCUCUUGUUUGCUCCAAAUAAUGUUUAAGUUUCUCAAGGGGUCCCUUCUGAUCAAAGCUCAUGAUACUUAUGAGCAAGCAACUUCUGAAGGAAACUCCGACGUAGUGCACAUCUGCG